GACAAGAUGGCCGCUCCGUCAGUCCCGGCAAGUGUUCCUCCCUCCACUCCCUCCCCGACACCAGCCCCAGCCCCGGCCGUCGCCCCAGCUCCAGCCUCAGCCUCAACUCCAGCGCCGGCUGCGGCUCCCGCUACCGCUCCAGCUUCCGCCGCACCCUCAGACUCGACGGCAGCGGCAGGUACGCCCGCGGCUCCGGGCCAGACCGCGGCCUCUGCACAAACCCAGGCGCAGACCCAGGCGCCCUCGCUGCCUGGCCCUGCUCUCCCCGGGCCCUUCCCCGGAGGCCGCGUGGUCAGGCUGCACCCGGUCAUUUUGGCCUCCAUCGUGGACAGUUACGAGCGUCGCAACGAGGGCGCUGCCCGAGUGAUCGGAACACUGCUGGGAACUGUUGACAAGCACUCAGUGGAAGUCACCAAUUGCUUUUCAGUCCCGCACAAUGAGUCAGAAGAUGAAGUGGCCGUUGACAUGGAAUUUGCUAAGAAUAUGUAUGAAUUGCACAAAAAAGUCUCCCCAAAUGAGCUCAUCCUAGGCUGGUAUGCCACAGGCCAUGACAUCACAGAGCACUCAGUGCUGAUCCAUGAGUACUACAGCCGGGAAGCCCCCAACCCCAUUCACCUCACCGUGGACACGGGUCUCCAGAAUGGCCGCAUGAGCAUCAAGGCCUAUGUCAGCACUUUAAUGGGUGUCCCUGGAAGGACUAUGGGAGUGAUGUUCACACCUCUAACAGUGAAAUAUGCGUAUUAUGACACGGAACGCAUUGGAGUUGACCUGAUCAUGAAGACCUGUUUUAGUCCCAACCGGGUGAUUGGACUCUCGAGUGACUUGCAACAAGUAGGAGGGGCAUCAGCUCGCAUCCAGGAUGCCCUAAGCACAGUGUUGCAGUAUGCAGAGGAUGUGCUGUCUGGGAAGGUGUCAGCUGACAAUACUGUGGGCCGCUUCUUGAUGAGUCUGGUUAACCAAGUACCCAAAAUAGUUCCUGAAGACUUUGAGACCAUGCUCAACAGCAACAUCAAUGACCUGCUGAUGGUGACCUACCUGGCCAAUCUCACACAGUCCCAGAUCGCCCUCAAUGAGAAACUUGUAAACCUGUGAAUGGGACCCAGAUAGCAUUCCUGCCAGUCUGGGUCUCAACUCUAAGACUCAGAAUGAAGAGAAGGAGAAAUGGUUUCUUUGUGGUCUUGAGUCAAAUUGAGCAGUCUGCUGCUUAUGACUAAAUAAAUGUAAACAGCUUUUUGUAAA